AAGACGAGGCUACGGCCUACGGCCUAUAUAUACGGAGCUGCAGACGGACAGUAACAACUAACACGUGUGCGAACUGCGCUGCAAAAUCAUGCGAUUGUGUUUUUUCCGAUCCAACCUGUCAUCGACGCUGUUUCAUGGUCCCGAACGGAUUUCGUAGACGCCUCCUUUGUUGACGAUUGUUCUGUGUAAAUCCUCGCCACCCGCGCGUCGAUCGGAGACUCUCACAUAACCUCUGACUCUGUUCGAUCGUUUACGAUUGUUCGCGCAGCAGGUAAACCGUUCAUCAUGGAAGAUGCACAGAGCAACAAAUCGUCCAGGAAGUGCAUGCGCAAGCAGAAACGCGCGCAACACAGGCUCGUCAGAGACAUGGGCGUCGAGUGUUCGGAGGAACCGACGCAAUACCUGGCCGUGUGCAACGCCGGGCUGGUCACCGGGCUCAAAAGGGAAAGUUUCGAGCGGUUCAUAGCCGAUGUGGUUCCGAAUUAUCAGCUCAGCAUGCCUCCAGGAAAAUCAUACUGUUUCGUCGAUUUUUUCAGCCUCGAACGAGCGACGAGCUUCUACGACAAGGUGCACGGAAAGUUGAAAGUGCCCGAGCAGAAUACUGUUUUUUAUUUGCUCUACAUAAAGACGAUUCCAUGCUCGGAAGAGCCGCUGGGAAGUGAUCUGCCCCCGGGAUUGAGAUUACUGACGGAUUUCGUUAGUCCCGAGGAGGAAGCUGCACUGCUACGAAGUAUUGAUUGGGACGAGGAGGAAGACAGCGCAGACUCGGAACUGAAGCACAGAAAAGUCAAGCACUUUGGCUACAAAUUCAGGUACGACAACAACCUGGUGGACGUCGACGACCCAAUCGGUCCGAUACCAAAGGACUACGAGUUUCUCCAGGCGUUAUUUGAAAAGCACGGCUCUGGAAAUCACAAGUACGACCAAAUAACGGUGAACAGAUACCUGCCGGGCCAAGGAAUUCCACCGCACGUGGACACCCACAGCGUCUUCCAAGACCCCAUCCUAUCGCUGUCCCUCGGCUCGGCCUGCGUCAUGGACUUCAAACGCGGCGACAAAAGGAUCGCCCUGGACUUACCAGCCAGGUCCUUACUGAUCAUGAGCGGAGAAGCGAGAUACGCCUGGAGUCACGGGAUCUGCCCUCGACACAACGACAACGUGCAGACCAGCACCGGCUUCUCUACUCGUUCGCGUGGUACCAGGGUCUCCUUCACCUUCAGGAAGAUUCACAGGGGAGACUGCGAGUGCAGGUACGGGGAAUACUGCGAUAGCCAAAGGUCCUCGGUGCCACCGGAAAUAACUCCGAUCGACGGUUCCGUCGCUUCGGAGCUUGAACAAGACUGCGUGCAUGGCGUUUACGAGGAGAUCUCGAGCCACUUCAACGAGACGAGGCACAAGCAGUGGCCGAACGUCGCCAAGUUCAUCGAGAGCAUCGAGACCGGUGGUCUCCUGCUCGAUGUUGGCUGUGGAAAUGGAAAAUAUUUACACGGACAACCAGAUGUGUUUAAAAUGGGCUGUGACCGUAGCGCAGGACUUGCCGGAAUAUGCCGAAGCCGAGGUUUCCAAAUAACAUUAGCCGAUUGCCUACAACUCCCGUACAAAUCGCGCACGUUCGACGCCGUGCUUUGCAUCGCAGUCAUACAUCACUUGUCGACCGGUGAGAGAAGAAAGAAAGCCGUCACUGACAUCAUGAGAAUCCUUCGAGCAUCCGGCAGAGCGCUCAUUUACGUCUGGGCCAAAGAGCAAAACAAGGACUCGCAAAAGUCGACAUACUUAAAGUUCAACGCGAACAAGGGCAACAACAGCGAGAAAACGCAACAACUCCGCACCCUGGCGAGCAACGUGACGCUCCCCGUCCACGAGAACAGAACCGAGUUUACCCACAGUGAUAUGCUCGUCCCUUGGAAGCGAAAGGGCGGCGGCGACUUUUUGCGCUUCUACCACGUCUUCGAGAGCGGCGAGCUGGAGGAGCUGUGCUCCGACGUGCCUGACACCGAGAUCGAGCGCGUGUACUACGAUCAGGGAAACUGGUGCGUGGUGUUGCGAAAAUUAUAAAGAGACUAGCGAGAAACGAAAAGGUCUGACUCUGUUUUUUAUUAACGAGAAGAUUCUACUUGAGCCUACUGCGCAAAAUAGAGAAAAUAUGUAUAUAAUGUAAAUAUAUACCAGCAGUUACGAAAACAAAUCGGCGUAUAUUUUUUGAAAAGUUUAUUUAAUCCCUAAGAGAUAUACAAAACAAACGUUUUCUUUGUAACUAAGAUAUUUCCUAAAGUAACACAGGAAAUGUUUGUCAUGAGUGUUUUUUCAAUAUUUGUUUUUAUUAAUUAUCACCAUCAAUGUAUCUGCUUUUCAGUAUCAGUACAAUUCAUUUUUAACCAGCUAUAUCGUUUAAAAUUAUGCACAUCUGCAAAUCAGUAUUAAAAUAUUACAAUUUUAUAUUUUACAGUAUUAGUCCUCUAGCUCCCUCCCUAAAAAACAGGUUUUCGUUUUCUCUUUCACUUUUGUCCUCUCAUCUUACUCAUUGUUCUUACACUUUGUCGUAUUAUUAUAAUAAACGUACAAUCGUAUUCAUUCUUUUUUUUUUUCAUGACAAUAUAUAUGUGUGUGUGGGGGAGACGAAGAGCUUAAUGCUGAAAGUGGCGGAUGAGUCAAAUGAGAUUUUUUUCUCUUCGUUAUUACGUGAUUUUGUUUGUAAUACAAGUCAGUCUGAUUAUAAAGAAGCAGCAACACGCUUCCUGCAUAUUUUUUCACACAUAUAAUUAUCAUAAUCAUCAUCCUGGCAAUAAAAUCUUGAAGUAAUAUCGAGCUUGCAGCUCAUCAGCGUCUUAUAUAGUUUGCUCUAAUCGAUGACGAUUAGGUAAUCUGUACAUACUAAGACCUAGGAAUGUUAACAUUACAAGAAACCACAAUAAUUUAUUAUAAU